AAAGCAGUUAAUCAAACCCAUUUGCGACCGUAAAACAUUCCAAACCCAAUGCUUCGCAGAAGUUGAAUCUUAUCGCAGCAGUCGCGAUUUACAUUCCGUACGAAUCGCAUCCGCUCCCGUAAAUUAGGAAAGAGAAACCCGUAAAAUGUCGGUGGAGCACCAGGUGAUUCUGGCCAUCAGUCUGCUUUUCGUUGCCUCCGCGUCUGCUGGCGUUCCCCUUCCGCGAUACGAGGCGCUCCUUAAGCAGCAAUCCGCACCGGUGGACGCCUCCUCAGGUCUCUAUGACGAUUCGGACAAGGUGGUCCGUCUGACGGUAGACAACUUCAAUGCCACCGUGGUGAACCAGAAUCGAGGGGCACUUGUGGAGUUCUACAACACCUACUGCGGGCAUUGCCGCCGGUUUGCACCUACCUACAAAACUGUAGCGGAGCACCUGUUGCCCUGGUCCGAGGUCCUCUUCGUGGCGGCCAUCGAUUGCGCCGCCGAGGAGAACAAUGGCAUUUGCCGAAACUACGAGGUGAUGGGCUAUCCCACACUGCGUUACUUGGGUCCCGGUUUCCAGCCGAGUGAGCAGCAUUAUGGACAGAAUCUGAUGACCCAGGACAUGACCGAGAUCCGUGAACUGUUGGCGGGAAUGGUGGCCGCCGAGAACUUGACGAGCGGCCACAACAACUCCUACUGGCCCAACUUCCACUACCUCACCGAGAACGAUUCAGUCAGCGGCUUAUUCGAAGGUCUCAGCAGCGCCAGGCAGUACGUGGCAGUGGUCCACGAACCGGAGAACACCACGCUGGGCAUUGAGGUGGCUCUAUUCAUGAUCCAAUGGCCAGCGGUGGAGGUGCGCCGCGUCAUUGAUCCUGCGGUGGCCGCCAAAUUCAAGAUUGAUCCCGCCAAUCAGCCUAUUAGCUUGGUGAACCGUCAGGGCGAAAUCACUGCCUACUCGCCGGAAUUUGCCAACGGUGAAUCCUAUGCCAAAAAACUUGAGGAAGAGCUGGGCAAGAAGAAUGUCACGCCGAGGCCAGUAAAAGUGCAUAAAUCAGUGGUCACGACGGCACCCAAGGUCGAUGGACAGAGCGAACUAAUUGAUGAAGUGCACCGGAAUAAGCAUUUCGUCUACCAGGCGGAUCUCGAACAGGCCGUUCGCACGGUGCUGCACAAUGAGGUUUCGAAGGUGAGCGAGAUCAACGGCGAGAAGCUGCUCGCUCUCCAGCGUUUCCUGGCUGUGCUACAGCGCUACAAUCCACUGGGCGCCAGUGGGCAUAGGUUGGUGGCCAAGUUGAAGGACUACGUGGUGCAGUUCAACGAACAGCUGACGGGUAAGCAGUUCGAGGAGGAACUAAAGCGUCUGGAGGAACAAAUGUCGCCGGUCUACUCUUCCACCCAUUUUGUGGGAUGUGCUGGCUCCAGCGCUCGUUACCGCGGAUUUAGCUGCUCCCUGUGGACACUCUUCCACUUCAUGACCGUCCAGGCGGCCAACAACGAGGAGGCCACGGAUCCCCUGGAAGUCCUGCAGGCCAUGCAUGGCUACAUCAAGAACUUCUUUGGCUGCACCGAGUGCUCCGAGCACUUUCAGACAAUGGCGUCGAGGCGAAAAAUCUGGAGUGUACCAAACAAGGAGGAGGCAGUUCUCUGGCUGUGGGCCGCUCACAAUGAGGUCAACCAACGACUUGCCGGCGACGCCACUGAGGAUCCGGAGUUCCCAAAGAAGCAGUUCCCUACGCCAAAUAGCUGCAGCGAAUGUUACCGGUCCCCGGUUUCCAAGUCGGAGAACCUAGAGAUCGAAUGGAACAAGGACGCUGUGUUGAGCUUCCUCAAGAAUAUACACAAUCCGCAGUUUGUAAGCCGGUACGGCGUGCAGCGGGAGGAGUUGCUGCAUCCUUCGCCAGAAAAGAUGCGGCAGAAACGCCAGAUCUCCAACGUAUUUACCGACAUCGACAUGCGGAUGGGCAUGUUGCUGUACGCCUUCUGCAUCGUGAUGAUGGUGCUGGCCUUCAAGCUGUUCGCCUUCAAGGGAUACCGCAAGAAGCCCUAUGGUCACGACCUUUUGGGCAAGGUGUAGGUCAAUCCCCGGAAACGCUUCCAUUAAUUCUAAACAAAUGACACCGAGCACCGAGAACCGGAAUUUACUACGACCACCUUUUGCUUGUUUCGUAUUCGUGGCACCUAGAGUUAUGUUUAAGAUUAAAGUGUGUGUACAUAUCAACAGUCUUCUUCCAGUUUUAGUCCCUAAACAUAAUCGCUUUUUUACAAUGACAAGGCACCUGAUUGUUUUAUAUUUUAGGUACGCAAAUGUGAUUUAUCCCUCCAGAAGUAUGUAUCUCCCGAGUCGGUUUGAAUAAAAACGAUCAAUGCUA